AUGGCGACAGUGAACACAGAUGCCAUGGAUAAAGACACGUCCAGGUUUAAAAUCAUCUUUACCUUGCUGGUCUCCGGAAUAGAGUGCACCAUUGGCAUCGUUGGGAAUGGCUUCAUCACAGCUAUCUAUGGGGCGGAGUGGGCCAGAGGCAAAAGACUACCCAUUGGUGACCGCAUCCUUUUGAUGCUGAGCUUUUCCAGGUUCUUGCUACAGAUCUGGAUGAUGCUGGAGAAUACUUACAGUCUACUAUUGCGGGUCAUUUAUACCCAAAACGCAGUGUAUAAACUUUUCAAAGUCAUCAUCAUGUUUCUGAACUAUUCCAACCUCUGGCUUGCUGCCUGGCUCAAUGUCUUCUAUUGUCUUAGAAUUGCAAGCUUUAUUCAUCCUUUGUUCUCCGUGAUGAAGAGGAAAAUCAUGGUGCUGAUGCCUUGGCUUCUGAGGCUGUCACUCCUCAUCUCUUUAUGCUUCAGCUUUCCCUUCUUUAAAGAUAUCUUCACUGUGUAUGUGAAUAGUUCCAUUCCCAUCCCCUUCUCCAACUCCACUGAGAAGAAAUACUUCACUGAGACCAAUGUCUUCAAUCUGAUUCUUCUUUAUUAUCUGGGGAUCCUCAUUCCUCUGAUCAUGUUCAUCCUUGCAGCCACCCUGCUGAUCAUCUCUCUCAAGAGACACACCCUACACAUGGAAAGCAAUGCCACUGGCUUCAGGGACCCCAGCAUGGAAGCUCACAUGGGGGCCAUCAAAGCUAUCAGCUACUUUCUCAUUCUCUACACUUUCAAUGCAGUUGCUCUAUUUCUUUCUAUGUCCAACAUCUUUAAUGCUGAUAGUUCCUGGAAUAUUUUGUGCAAAAUCAUCAUGGCUGCCUACCCAGCUGGCCACUCAGUGCUACUGAUCUUGGGAAAUCCUGGGCUGAGAAGAGCCUGGAAGAGGUUUCAGAACCGAGUUCAUCUUUACCUAUAA